AUACCUUCAGGCUCCAUUUCCUCAACUACCUACUAAAUUUGUUACACUAUUCCCUCUUUGAAAAUUGAAGAUUCAGUUUUAUUUGUCAAACACAAAAAUUAACCGUCAAUAACUAUCUAUUUUCUACUCCUCAAUCACAAUGACCUUUCUCCGAACAUCAAGUAAUUUUAGAUCAGAUAAAGAAGAAGACGAGCAUCAGAUGCCCUGAUAAGAUUACAAAAUUUUGCAAAUUCAAGUGAAAGUAGAACAAUUGACCAGUAAGUUUUUAACCCAUUAACUAGGCUAGAAUGAAAAAAUAAUAAUUUAUUUUUGCAAAAAAGGAACAAGAAACCUAUAGGCCAGCCAUGAGAGCAUUUUUGGCAUCAAAUUUCACCACACUUCAGAAAAUCGUCAUCUCGACAUACAUACCCACACGUAGGAGGAAGAUGCUACUUCUGGUUUGACUUGGAAUUGUCAUUAUUUGAAAUUCUUGAAGACUGCGUAAGGAAAGGAAGACGAGUUCUUUUUUAGCGGUUGAAGAGAAUGAGGGAGAACAGAGAUAACUUACAUAUUAACUGUGGUAAAAAUGUUGUUGUUUAGCAAAACAAAUCUGAACGCUUAAUUUUUUAAGUGAACACGUGUAACACAUUUAAUGUGCAUAUGGAAGAAAUGGAGGAGAUGAGUACUGGAGGGGAGCCGCGUUCGAUAAUUUUUUUCCCUAACAACUAUGUAUGAAAUUAUGUACGUGUCAUUUUCAAGCCCAAACAAAAAUAUAUCAAUAAAUUUAUUACUGCAUGAAAUUUCAACUUGUUUGAACACUUCUCCCAUACCUUUUAUUAAUAAACAAAUUUUAAGUCAUUCUUCCCUUCGCUUUUUCUCAGUAUUCCUUCCUCAUUUCUUUCCUAGGUAGAAUCCAGUUGAGAAUCAAUUAAGAAAUAUUCCGAUCAAUAAAUUAAAAUAGUUAGUGGAUAGAUAUCGACUAUAAAUCAUCUAUAUUCAUUUUGUUCUAUCAGAUCCAUUUGCAUACACGUUGAGAUGGGCGUAAAAUGGGACGAGGCAAAAUUGGAGGAGAUUGAAGCGAAUAAACCGGUGAGAAUGAAGAUCACGGAGCCAAAGACACCAUAUCAUCAACCCAAAAUUGAUGAUGAUGAUAAUUUUGAGGAACAUUGCAAUGGAAACGAUGAAAUGGAUGCAUCAUGUUCAAGUAAAAGUAGAUCUUAUGAUCCUCAUAAGGAUGAUGACUAUCAUGAUGUUCAUAUGGACCAUGAUAAUGAUAAUGAUAAUGAUGACGAUGAAGAUGAGGAGGAAUCAGAGAGGAAAAGGAAUUUCAUAGAGCAUAGAAGAGGUCAUUAUGAUGAAUAUAAGAGAAUCAAAGAGCUGCAAAGAAAUGGAUCCCUUCUAAAAGAAUUUCCUGUCGAUGAUGAUGAUGAUGGUGAUGAUGAUGGUGUUAAAGGUAUAAUUGAUGAAGAAAAGGAAGACACUUCUUUGUAGUCAUCUUAUUUCAUGAACAUUUCUGUGCUUUCCUGUUUUCUGAUUAAUCAUUUGAUAUCUGAAGUUUACAUAGUAUUAGAUCUUGUGUCAGAUGUAUAGGUCAACCUUUUGGUUGAAUGUAUUUUGCCUUGCCAGUAGACCUAUGUUGAACGAAUAUGAAGUUCAUACUGAUAUGCCUAAUUUAGUAAAUUCAUUAAAGAGGUAAAACGCUUUCUAGCGAAAGACGUUCUCCAUUUCGAUCUCGAUCAAGACAUGAAUUUUGCUGUCA